UCUUAUUCCAAAUCUAUAUAUCAAUCCUUCUUAACUACCUCUCUAGCUACCCUCUCUCUUUCACUACACCUAAAAUUGAAACAUAAACAUAUAAAUUGCACAUAUAACAUUCAAUUGUACAUCUCACACAUGUUUCUCAAUUCUAAGUCUAAACUAGACAUUGGUGUUCAUACAUAAUCUCUUGUAAUAAAACAUGGCAAAUCCUCCAACUUCAUCUCCUACUACACAUCUUUAUCCUCAAGCACUUCAACUUAAACUCUAUCAAGCUUUCAUUUUUUCAAUUCCUAUUUUGUUUUCUAUAAUUCUUUUCCUCUUGUUUUACUUGUUCUAUCUCAAGAGAAGAGCUACUUCACUCUCUUCUCCUUCUAACCUUCUUCCUACUCUCCCAUCCAAUCAAAUUGCGCCACGUCUGCCCUCUGUUUGUCAGAUUGGUUUGAAGCAAGAAAUCAAAGACAAGCUUCCAAUUGUAUUGUGUGAUGAAGAAUUAAGAACAAGAGAAUCACAAUGUUGUGUAUGCUUGGGAGAAUUUGAGAUAAAAGAAGAACUGGUACAAAUACCAAACUGCAAACAUGUGUUUCACAUUGAAUGCAUAAAUCAUUGGCUGCAUUCGAACACAACAUGUCCUCUAUGUAGAUCUUUUGUUAAAAUCCCCACCUCAAAACUUGAUCAUCAAUCAUCAGACCAAGAUCAUCAUGAUCAUGAACAACAACAAGAGGUUGAUAAUAACCCAAUUACAGACCAGCAGCAACAUGUCUUAAAUAUUCAAGAAUCUUCAGUCAACUCUGUUUCUGCUGCUGACGAAAAUGUUUCUUCUGCUGCAAGUCAAGAUUCUGUUGCUUUACAUAUUCAAAUACAGUAACAUACAGAUGACAAAUUUUGGUUUAUUUUUGAAAAUUGUAAUAAAGUAUUAGGAAAACCCCCCUAGAUAUAUGGAUACAUUAAUCAACCCUUUAGUAUUCUUUUUGCUGCAGUAAUUGUAAAAUUUACAUGGAAGCAGUUUUGGUUGAGAUAGAGAUCAGUUGGUGUGAGAUAGAAUGUAGCAUUGUAUCACAAUUCUUAAGUACUAUGUUCAAUGAAUUCUAAAAUGUUCUGUAAAAGUUUGGGCAUAUAUAGUCCAUUUUUCAGAUUCUA